GCACGGUGGGAGAAGCGGCAGGGCAGGCGUGCUGGAGGAAAGCCUGCGCUCGGCUGGCCGGUGAGAGGGAAGAUGAGCACAAAGGAUGCUGACAAUGGGACCUCUCCCACUCCACCUCUCCCUUGGCUUCUGGUUUCAACCACUGAGCUGGUCCCACCCAGUCCUGCUCCCUCCAAGGUGGUAGACCCACUGUCCAUCAUCAUCGUGCUUGUCUGCAUCUUCCUCCUCCUGGCAACUUUCCUCAUCUUUGUCAGCCUCUGCAAGCCCGUGGUGCUGGACCAUUCCCACUUUGGGCGUGGGGAGUGCAUGCCACAUCACCCAGCAGAUGCCAGCGAGCCCCAGCUGAGGCUCUGGAAGCGGCUGGGCUCCCUGCGCCGCUCCAUCAGCACUUUCAGAAGGAGCCAGCCUGUGUCCCACAGCCAGCUUGCCCAUCCCAGGAACUUCCCUGCCAGCCAGGACUGGCAUGUCAUGGAGUCCACCAAAAUGUGAUUCCUCUCUGCAGGGUGCUAAGUCAACCCACACUGCUCUUCUGUCCUAGGCUUUGGGUUCAUGCUCAGCUGCCUCCUCAAGCCUGGCAUCCAGGGCAUCCCAGCCGAGCUCAUUUACAUGCAGCAGCUCUGCAAGGUGACAGGAGAUUUUGCUAUUUCAAGUCCCUCAAAGCUUUCCAGGUUGCUGUUUCCUGGCAGAAAAGGUGGAGGCAACCCAACUACACCCACACACAGCUCUCGCCAGGCAUGCCAAAAAAAUAUUGCUGCUUAAUUUCUUCUGGAAAACGUUGUGCAACCUGUGAGGCAGCUGAACAAACAGCCUGGGCAAGAGCAGGAACAACCUGGCUGCCUAACAAAGAACUCCUUGAAGAGGGGCAUCCCAGGGCAAACGUCUCCUCAGGAAGCAAUCCUCAGCUGAGAUUGCCCCCUGAGAUGUGCUCCUGAGUAGGUGGAGGAAGGCUUGUUCCCCUGACUGUGGGUUGCUGUGGGUGAUGCUUGGAAGGAUGCAUGUUCCAGCUGUCUGCUGGAAGCCUGCUUCAAUAAAUGAGCAGCAGGAGCAGGUAAACACGCCUGUAAAGACAGUAAAGAGGCCUUUGGAGGCUUGCAGCCUCUGACAGCUUGGAAAGGCACCACGCAAGGCUGAGCUGCUUGUUUCUGCUGGGAAAGGGUACAACAGCCAGCAGGUGAGCUGAUGUGCUUAAAGGCAAAAGGAGAAGAUGUUUAAUUCUUCAAGGUCUCAAGCUCAUACUACGUUCAGCCAUGGAGCUCACCUCUUUAGGUGAGGUCUCUGUGCCCAGCGAGGUCUCAUGGUGAGCAUCCAAUAAUAUCUCUCUGGGCUUUGUGUGUUUUCUGACCCUUGCAGGGUGCAGCUCUGCAUCAGGACCUCCCUGGCUGCCUGGAACAUUCCCUCACUCCUCCUGGUGUGGAUUGCCAGGUUUUGGACAAGGGGAUGGGAAAACCUUCAAAAUCCCUCAAUGCUGCCACAGGGACAGUGGGAUGAUGUUUGAAGGGGGAGGUAUUCAGUACCAGGUGUUCACUUCUAAAGGUGUAAAUUAAACUAAA